AUGGAACACCUGAUCCUGCACCAAGACCCUAUCUCGGCCAACUGUUACAAAAUAAGCCUCACGGCGGCGCUCCUGUCUAUUCCCCUCGAGCAUCGUUCCUACUCGAUCAUGAAGGGCGAGACCAGAACUCCAGAAUUCCUCGAGAAUGUUUCUGCCUACGGACGAAUUCCCGUUUUACAGAUCGGUGGCUCGACCUUCCUACCCGAGAGCAAUGCUGCAUGCUUCUACUUGGCGGAGAAAUCGUCGUCGUCGUCAAACUCGACAUCGUCGCCAACUCUUAUCCCCGACGACCCACUGCUACGCGCUGAAAUGUUCAGCUGGAUGUUCUUCGAACAAAACCAGCACGAAGUCAACAUCGCCACACUACGGUUUUGGUUGCAUGUCCUCGGUGAAAAGAACCUCGACGGUACUCGACGUGUGCAGGUUGAUGGUAAGGUCAAGGCUGGAAAACAGGUGCUGGAUUAUAUGAAUGAUCACCUUGCUAAGAGCGAGCACGGGUGGUUUGUGGGUGAAAACAUUACCCUGGCCGAUAUCUGUCUUUUCGCUUAUACUCACAUCGCUCAUCAUAGUGGCUUCAAUCUUGACGAGUGGCCUGCUGUUCAAAAGUGGUGCGAGCGAGUCAAAGGCGUCCGCAAUUUUGUUCCGUUCACGUUUUACAAUGGUCUUGGUGGAUCAUGA